AGCGGAACUACAAGAAAGAUGUGGCAUGUAGGGGUGCGAGGUGGAUUAACACAGCUUACCUUCUUUGUUUACAAGGAUAAAUUGUUUGACCUUUAAGAGAUUACAAACGUUGCAUAUUUUGUCACCUCAACAAUUGAUAACACCUAACGCGAUUCAACGAAGCUUUGUAAAAUAUUUAAAGCUUUAAUUUGUAGUUGAUAUACAUGGUACAUUUUAGCUUUACGUGAUUAAUGUUUUGUUUUCUGUAAACACAACUCAAUAGUGUGUUGCUCUCAAGCAUCACUCAGAGGCAAACACUUAUCGAUCCACACGUUUACUGAACGUCACAGUUGACAAACAAAAGAGUUAUCCGCCCCUGGCAGGAGAAAUGUUCGAGGGACAGACACACCUUGACAGUAUGUAAAAGUAAUUUGACUGGGCGUGUAGAGCCUCCUUGGAGUCACGUGUUAACCUCUAAUUGACUGGUGGAUGAAAGUGACCUCAGCAGAAAUUCCAUUGACUGGAUCAAGAUGGCCGAACUUAAGACGGGAUUCAGAGGUGAUAUUGUCCGUUCUGAUGUAUCUGGGACAUUCACGGCUUUGGGACGUAUCUGUGACACUGCCUACAAACAUACUUGGGGAAUGGAAGACCUUAUUGAGGUACCUGUGACAUUCGUUAACAAUUCGCGUGUGUGAAUAGUUGAUCACUCUAACACAUAUGUGACAUUCGUAACGAAUUCGUUGUAUACUCUCCAGGGAGCUGAGAAUGAUUCUUGAUUACAUUCUGAUCCAGUGACCGGGGUAAUAACAGCGCUUUGAGCAUGCCCCUGAGUGGUGUGGAAAUAUGCGCAAUAUAGAUGGCCUAUUAUUAUUAUAUACUACAUGUGUGACACUGUCUGGAGACCCACUUGUGUGACGUUUGGCCCAUAUACUACAUGUGUGACACUGUCUGGAGACCAACUUGUGUGACGUUUGACCCAUAUACUACAUGUGUGACACUUUCUGGAGACCAAUUUGUGUGACGUUCGGCCCAUACACUACAUGUGUGACACUGUCUGGAGACCAACUUGUGUGACGUUCGGCCCAUAUACUACAUGUGUGACUGUCUGGAGACCAACUUGUGUGACGUUUGACCCAUAUACUACAUGUGUGGCACUGUCUGGAGACCAACUUGUGUGACGUUCGGCCCAUAUACUACAUGUGUGGCACUGUCUGGAGACCCACUUGUGUGACGUUCGGCCCAUAUACUACAUGUGUGGCACUGUCUGGAGACCAACUUGUGUGACGUUCGGCCCAUAUACUACAUGUGUGACACUGUCUGGAGACCAACUUGUGUGACGUUUGACCCAUAUACUACAUGUGUGACACUGUCUGGAUACCACCUUGGUUGUGUUCGGCCCAUAUACUACAUGUGUGACUGUCUGGAGACCAACUUGUGUGACGUUUGACCCAUAUACUACAUGUGUGGCACUGUCUGGAGACCUACGUGUGUGACGUUUGACCCAUAUACUACAUGUGUGACUGUCUGGAGACCAACUUGUGUGACGUUUGACCCGUAUACUACAUGUGUGGCACUGUCUGGAGACCUACGUGUGUAACGUUCGGCCCAUAUACUACAUGUGUGACACUGUCUGGAGACCAACUUGUGUGACGUUUGACCCAUAUACUACAUGUGUGGCACUGUCUGGAGACCUACGUGUGUGACGUUUGACCCAUAUACUACAUGUGUGACUGUCUGGAGACCAACUUGUGUGACGUUUGACCCGUAUACUACAUGUGUGGCACUGUCUGGAGACCUACGUGUGUAACGUUCGGCCCAUAUACUACACGUAUGACAGAUGAGACCGACAAUGAUGUUGCGACCGGGCUGCAUACAGAGGGGGCACAUUGGUACCCUUACAGCCGUCUUCUCCCUACAGUUCCUGGUGUUGUUGCCUCUACUCUGCUACACUAUGCCCUUCUCUUUAUAUUUCAAACUGACAACACGGAGAGCUGAUGCAUCAAAACAAGCUGUUUUACUGAACAGAGAAAGGGUGAAAAGGGCACGAGGUUAUAUUGAGAACUUGUCCACAGACAACUCUAGGUAUUACACAUCCCUGCUAGAGAAGGGCAACCAAGUGUUCCUGGCUGUGGCUGUAUUGACAGUCAACAGGCCUCGCAGUGAUGACGGUAACAGGACAAUGGGAUACCUCGUACAGUCAGCAACAGCUCUUGAUAAGUUCGCCAAAAGCAGGGAAUUUAUGGGCAAGACAUUUGUAUUUAUAUGUAACGUCGACGUGAAACCUCACUCACACAAAGACGCUGUGGAUCUCAAGCGAUAUCUGCCAUUUACAGAGAGGUAUGGGUCGUCGGACUUCCACUCACGAGACUUUCAUGUUCCCAACAACAAAACAGUUACCUACGACCAAAUGCUUCACGAGGAUGUGUACGAGAAAGAGACGUAUGAUUAUAUGUAUUGUAUGCGAGUGGCCCAGUCACUUGGGCCUAGGUAUAUACUGAUGGUGGAAGAUGACGCCGUCGCCCACCCCGAUCUGGCCCCAGUGCUACACUACACCCUAGGGAACCACUUUGGCCCUAACACAGACAUGAUUCAACAAAAUAAGAGUUUCGCAUAUCUAAAACUGUACUACCCACAGAGAUGGCAAGGCUUCGCGUUUGAGUUGAUUCGUCUUCUUGAGCUCUGCAGUAUUAGUUGUAUUGGUGGGGGCUUUUUUGUAUUUGUCAUGUACGUAUUGACGUUUGUGGUGAAAGGAAGAGUGAUGGUAAACAAGCUCUAUGGGCGGUAUUUCCUUAUGGGGAUGUUAUUCUUGAUGCUUACUGCUAUGGCUGUUGGUCGACAGAACGUAUUGGAGCUUAGGAGGGUGUCCAAAUACCUGUACCAGUUCCGCUCUUCCCCAGGGUGCUGUACUCAAGCAAUGCUUUACCCCACCCACAUGGUCCGACCCCUUGUGUCACACCUCGCCGCCGCGCCCCCCGGCACCCACACCGACCUCAUCAUCUACAACUUCACACGGACGACGGGCACGCCGGCCUUCCAGCUUGAGCCCAACUUGUUCUACCACGUGGGAAUGUACACAUCAUUGAAAAUCGGCAACAAACGCCCGGAUGAGUUCCUUUUUCAUUUGUGAUACGGAACCGCUACAGGCUGGGUUUAUUUGUUUGCUUGUUUGGUUUGUUUGUUGUUGAACGCCUGCAAAUAAUCGAGUCUAGACCAGACAAUCCAAUGAUUGAUAUCUCGAGCAUCGACCCACCCAAUUCGAAUACGAUGAUAUGCACCAUCCAAGUCAUUCAUGAUCAGUUAUGUUAAUAUACACUUAACCCUUU